AUGAGUAGUAAAAGAGCUAGUAUCUAAUCUUCGUUUGGCAUUGAAAAUGCUUAGCUCUAAAGACUUUUUGAGCCAGAUAAUGUUCGUGAUCACGACAGUAUUAAGAUUAUAAAUAAAGAUUAUGCUGGUAUUGAUAGUGUUAUGAAAAUGCUAAGGACCGAUGCCUAAAGAGGUAUUUUAGGUACCCCUUAGGAUAUAUAAGAAAGAUAAAACAGUUUCGGUGCUAAUAUACCUCCUUAAAGAGAGUCAAGUUCUCUUUUAGAAAUGGUCUUAGAAUGCUUUGAAGAUUUCAUGCUUUAAAUUCUUUGCGUUGCUGCUUUGGUAAGUACUGUAAUAGGUAUAAUAGAUGAAGGUUGGGCUUCUGGUUGGAUGGAAGGUGCAGCUAUUAUGGUUGCUAUUAUCUUAAUUGUAUCAGUCACUGCUGGUAAUAACUAUGCAAAGGAAAAGUAAUUUUAGAAGCUUAACGCAAAGAGAGAGGAGAUGAGUGUUCACGUAACUCGUAAUGAUAAGAUAGUUUAUAUCGAUGUCAAAUAACUUGUUGUAGGAGAUAUUCUUCAUAUUCAAAUAGGUGAUCUCCUUCCUGUAGAUGGUAUUUUAGUAGAAGGCUCAGAAAUUUACAUGGAUGAGUCUAGUGUUACAGGUGAAUCUGAUCUUAUUCCUAAGAUUUCAAUCUUUAAUAUGACUUAAGCUAAUUUGAAGCAAUAACCUUUUAUGAUCAGUGGAUCUAAAGUUAUGGAUGGUAGUGGAAAAAUGUUGAUUUGUUCAGUAGGAGUUCAUACACAAUUAGGAUAACUAAGAGAAAGACUUUAAGAAGAACAACCUCCCACACCUCUCUAGCUAAAGCUUGAAACUAUUGCAGAAUAAAUCGGUGAGGUAGGUACAAUUUUUGCUGGUCUUACCCUUUUGGCUAUGAUCGUAAAUCUUGGUAUUGAUAUCUACCUUGGUCAUCACUGUUUCACAUGCAUUGAAACAGUCUCUUACAUUAUAAAAGCCUUUAUGACUUCUAUUACAAUUAUUGUCGUAGCUGUCCCAGAAGGUCUUCCUUUAGCUGUUUCUAUUGCUCUUGCUUACAGUGUCAACAAAAUGAAGGAUGAAAACAACUUGGUUAAAUAGUUGCAAAGUUGUGAAAUUAUGGGUGGUGCUACAACUAUUUGCUCUGACAAAACUGGUACUCUUACUCAAAAUAUAAUGUCUGUUCAAAGAUUAUAUAUUGACAAUUAAAAUUACAAGCCUCCUCAUAUUACUCCUGAGUUUAUCCCUGCUUAACUUGCAUAGCUUUUCUCAGAAUGUGCCUGCUUAAACUCUUCAGCUAAUCCUACUAAAAACUCUUUCGGAAAGUUUGAAUAAAUUGGUAAUAAAACUGAAUGUGCCUUAUUAGAAUUAGCAGAUAAUUUGGGAUACAAUUAUGUAAAAGUACGUUAAUAAAAUUAGAUUCUCCGUACCAUUCCUUUCAGCUCUUCAAGAAAGAAAAUGACUGUUCUUAUUAGACUCCCUAACAAUAGAAUACGUAUUUAUGUCAAAGGAGCUAGUGAAACUAUUUUGGAUAAAUGCUCAAAUUAAAUCCUAAAAUCUGAACCAUAUUUUAAACCUAUUGAAGAUUCCAGUAAGAUUAAAUAACAAAUUAUUUUGAAAUAUUCUAAUGAAGCUUUCCGUACACUUGCUUUAGCUUACAAGGAUAUUGAUUAUAAUCCUAAUUAUGAUUAAUUGACAGAAAAUGUACUUGAAUCUGAUUUGACAUUAAUUGCUAUUACAGGUAUUAAAGAUCCUUUGAGAAAUGAAAUUCCUGAAGCUGUCAGAAAAUGUAAAUCAGCUGGUAUAACAGUUAGAAUGGUCACUGGUGAUAAUGUAAAUACAGCUGUUGCAAUUGCUAAAGAAGCUGGCAUUAUCUCUGAAUCCACCAAAACAAAUACAUUCCAAAACUAAUCUGGAAACACUGGAGGAUUUGAAGUUAUGGAAGGUAAGAAAUUCAGAGAAAUUGUUGGAGGUAUCGUUUAUGAAAAUCCUUAAGGAAAGAGUGUUGCUGAAAAAGGUGCUUCUAGAGUAUAAAAUCUUGAAAUGUUCAAAGCAAUUGCAAGAGAAUUAAAAGUAUUAGCCAGAAGUACUCCCGAUGAUAAAUACACUUUAGUUACUGGUUUAAUCUAAAUUGGUCAUGUAGUAGCCGUUACAGGAGAUGGUACUAAUGAUGCCCCAGCACUUAAAAAGGCAGAUGUUGGUUUCGCUAUGGGUAUUGCAGGUACUGAAGUUUCUAAGGAUGCUGCCGACAUUAUUUUAUUGGAUGAUAAUUUUGCAAGUAUCGUUACUGCAUGCAAAUGGGGAAGAAACAUUUAUGAUUCAAUCAGAAAGUUUAUUUAAUUCUAAUUAACUGCUAACAUUGUUGCCCUUUUCAUGUCAUUCACUGGUGCUGUUAUUCUCAAAAGAAGUCCUCUCAAUUCUAUUGAAAUGCUUUGGGUAAACAUUAUUAUUGAUACCUUCGCAUCAUUGGCUCUUGCAACUGAACCUCCAAAUGAUAAAUUACUCGAAAGAAAACCAUAUGCUAGAGACGAAAGUAUUAUUACUCCUAAUAUGUGGCGUAAUAUCUUUGGUUAAUCACUUUAUUAAAUAAUUAUGCUUACUUUGCUCCUCUUCAAGGGCCCUGAAUGGUUUAAUGUUCCUAAUUCUUUCAAAAUGGAAAAGUAUGAUCCUGUUUAAGCCUAACAUUUUACAAUUUUCUUCUAAUCAUUUGUUUUCAUGCAAGUCUUUAAUGAAUUCAAUGCUAGAAAAUUAGAAAAGAGUGAUAUUAAUAUAUUCGCAGGAUUAUUCAAUAAUGCUCUCUUCUGGGUAGUUAUCAUCAUCACAUUUAUAGUAUAAUUCCUCUUAGUUGAUCUUGGUGGUAGAUAUGUUGGUGUUACUCCUUUAACUUGGGAAUAAAAUUUAAUCUGUCUUGGUAUUGGAGCUGGUUCAUUAGUUGUAGGUGUUGUCAUUAAAAUAUUCCCUAAUUUCUUAUUCAAUAAAAUUAAGCUUUUUAGAGAGGAAGAAAUGGAUCAAGCUAAGUUGGAUCGUUCUUUCACUUCUAUGAUGCGUAGAAAGAGUUCAGUUCGUAUGGGUACCCAUAUGAGCGGCAAAGGAAACUCUAGAGAAUUUUCCCAUUAAGGUUGA